AUGUCGCUCAACGAUAUCCAGGGCCGCCUGGCCCUCAUCACUGGCGCCUCGGGAGGAAUUGGAGCAGCUUGCGCAAACCAGCUCGCACAACAUGGCGUCCACCUCGCCCUAACCUACUCAACCAACCUUGAUGCCAUGAACGCCAUCGUUAAAGACCUGCAGUCCAAAUACGCAGAGAACAAGAUCCGCAUCUCCAUCCACCAAGUCGACGUUGGAUCCGCCGAUCAGAUCGACGCCAUGUUCCAGCAAAUUGACAAGGAGCACGGCCAGCGGCCGGAUAUCCUGAUCUCGAACGCUGGGUACGGCAAGCGCGUGCCGAACGUGUGGGACAUCACCCUCGAGGAAUUUGACUAUACACUCAACAUCAACCUCCGCGCCUCCUUCAUCCUUGUGAAGGGCGUGGUGGAGCACAUGAAAGCCCAGCGGUGGGGACGUAUCGUGUUUAUGUCCUCGAUUGCCGCGUACGGAGGAGGGAUCAACGGAUGCCACUACGCCGCAUCAAAGGGUGGCCUCUCCGGCAUGAUGAAGAACCUCUCCACUCGCCUUGCCGAGUUCAACAUUAGCGUCAACGACGUUGCCCCAGCCAUGAUUGGCGACACGGGCAUGAUCACCAGCGCCGCCGCGAUCCCGGAAGUUGCGGCUACUAUCCCGCUGCAGCGGCUAGGUACGCCCGAAGAGACGGCUAAUGUUGUUACCAUGCUGUGCAAGACAGGGUACAUGACAGGGCAGAGCCUCCUGCUGGCUGGGGGGCUGAAAUAA